AACACAGAGCAUCAAAAUGGCGGAUUUGUUUAUCCAGCGUCCAUCGUUGUGUAAUGUGUUGUUUUGUUUAUUGCUUUGGUUUAUUGUCAUAAAAGGUUAUAAGAAUUGAAUUUUUAUUUUAUUAUAUUAAUUUUAUUUUUGUUUCGACUCGGUGGGAUUGAAAUAUUUUGAGAUAGUGACUCUUGUGUGUGGUUUGAGUUAUCUUUACGAUUUUUAUGAACCUAUUUCGAAAAAGUGACUAAGACGUGACUAUGUCUUCGGUAAAUAACGCGGAAAAUCAACGCCGAUGUUAUAAGUGCGGACGUUCACCGGCUGAGGACUCGCUGACUAAAUUGUUUCGCUUUCCUAAACCCGGUAUAACGAACACAUUACGCUGUGAAUUAUGGGCAAAGUACUGCUUUCCUGAUAAAGAGCACUGGUCUCCAGAAUUUCAGCAAAAACUUCAUACACGACAUUUAAUGCUCUGUAAUAGACAUUUUUCAAGGACAUCAUUUAGUGAUUACCCUGAAACUUCAAAGAAGCUUCACAGAUUUGCUGUUCCAGAUGACAUCAAAGAGACUGAACCUCAACCAGGUCCAUCACAUUGUCAUCUGAAAGUAUUGAAUGACAUUACCAACUGCUAUUCUGAACCAAAACCAGUACCCACCAUGAAAAAACCUAGACUUAAACCUCAACCUGGGACUUCGCAUGUGUCAUAUGCUUCAUGUGCAGAAAAUAAUGUUUUGAGUAAAAUCAACCAUCUAUCUCAGACACCAACACGGCAACCUAAAACCCCAAAAGAACAAUAUCUGUUGACAAAAUGCAGGAAACAUUUAAAACAUAUUUGGCAACUGCGAAAUAGAAUAAAAACAUUGAAAAAUAAAGACAUGUUAAAAGUAUUACAUAAAAACAAGUCUAUUGAUAUGUUGAUGAAAAAUAUUACUCCUACAUUUGCCUUGUUGCUGCAAGCACAGAUCAAAAACGUAAAAAAAAAAACUAAAGGAAGGAGAUGGACUACUGAAGAAAAAGUAACAGCUCUCAGAUUAUAUAAAAGAUCACCAACGUGUUAUAGACUGUUGAGAAGGUUAUUUUGUCUACCAUCUGAAUCUACUCUAAAAUUUCUUUUGAGCAAAUUCUCCCUUAAAGUUGGAGUUAACGAAUGUAUUUUUUCUGUUUUAAAAAGAACAGCAGAACUUCAAACUGCAUCAGACAAUGAAUACAUUAUCAUGUUUGAUGAAAUGUCAAUAAAAAAAAAUAUCAUGUACAACCGAAAGACAGAUAUAAUAGAAGGUUUUCAAGACCAUGGACUUCAAGGCAGAUCACCACAAAUAGCAUCACACGCUCUUGUAUUUAUGUUAGCUGGCAUUAGAAAGAGGAUUAAGCAGCCUGUGGCUUAUUACUUAUCAAGCGAGUAUGUUACAGCAGACCGAUUAGCAGUCUUGAUAAAAGAGAUAAUACGUGAAUGUCGUGCGGCAGGUCUUAACAUACCGGUGAUGGUUUGCGAUAUGGAUGGGGUAAAUCGACGAGCUUUGUCCAUCUUGGGUGCCACUACCGAAAAACCCUCAAUUAAUAUAGAUAAUAUAGAGAUUAUCAGUAUGUAUGACCCACCGCAUCUUCUAAAGUGUUUCAGAAAUUUAUUUCUGAAAUAUGAUAUCCAGUGCACUACACAAAUAACAUCUAGCAACAAAAGUGGAAUAGGAGUUGCAAAAUGGAGCCACAUAAAAACUUUUUAUGAACUGGACAACCAGAACCCCAAUUUUGUUUUUGCUCCUGCCUUAAAAUUAGAACACCUCAAUCCGAACAGCAGGCAAAAAAUGAAGGUUAAGCUGGCAGCACAAACGUUGAGUCAUACAGUUGCUGCUGGGAUGAUGGCAUAA